UUUUCUUCGAUUUAUUUCAUUUGCACCAUCUGUCAUUAUACCAUCCAUGUCUCCGCGCGGGGUACCUCUCCGGUACUUGCUACUGUCAUAUUACGCAAUAAAGACAAAACGUCAUUGUGUCAAAUUCCAUUGUCGAUCAGCUGUGCAAGUGUUGUUUACAUCCUGAUGAACCAAGUACCCCGGUUUCUUUUUCCUUCCGAGCACACGACACAUUGCAUUAUGAUGAUCAUCGACCGGCGAACUCGGCUCGUUCAUUCUUUGUUAUGUUGACGUUGAGACACGAUCAUAUGAUGUCCGCAUGUAGACGAUGCAGUGCUAUGAAUGCACGAUAAGAGUAGAAUCCGAAAUCGUUCUGCACGCAGGGAAGCCAAGUUAUUCAUGAUUCAUUGUUCGUCUGCCAUGUCAUCGAAUUAUCAUUUUCUCUGCGAAGAUUACAACCGGCUAUCUGCCCAUUCAGAUCUGUAACGUUAGAUUCAACAUAGAAAUUUAGAAUAGUCUGAAUAGUUUACCGCUAAACCGUGAGGAGAAUGGCGAGGCUACUAGGUAUAUGUACCAUCACGCUGGUCGUGCUGGUGAUGAUAGCUGCCUGGGUCAGUGGAAUGAUCCUAUCAUACUUUACAGAUCCUGUACCAUACGAUGGACCACCUCACCCUCGGGGUGACAGACCCCCCUACCCAGGUGCUACAGCUGAUAAUCUCUGGUGGUUUAUACAUAUUUCAGACAUCCACAUUUCCCGCUUUAGAGACCCACAAAGAGCUGUAGACUUCAAAACAUUUUGCAUGGAGAACAUUGAUGUCAUCAGGCCAGAAGUUGUAGUUGUCACAGGGGAUCUUACUGACGCCAAGACGUACGACAACAUUGGAUCAACGCAGUUUGAGAUCGAGUGGCAGACAUAUCAGAACACAAUCAAGCAUGCUCGUAUUCCUGAGAGAACUGUAUGGCUUGAUGUGAGAGGAAACCAUGAUGCAUUUGACAUUCCACACACUAGACAUGAUACAAAUUAUUAUAGGAAGUAUUCAGUUCUUGGAGAACAGGGAGAUACAACGUUUAUGUACCAACACAAGACCUCAUUUGGGACCUAUUCCUUCAUUUCUUUGUAUGCCCUACUUGAUCCAGGACCAAAGAGACCAUUCAACUUCUUUGGAGCUAUUCCUGAGGGUGAGAUGGAUCGAUUGGAGUCGUAUGUAUCACAGGUUGAAAAGCAGAGUUCAAACAACCACACCAUCUUCUUUGGUCAUUACCCAACAUCCACUAUCCUCACAUCUCAUAGGAGACUUACACAAAACUUGAGGAAGGGUAUAGCAUAUCUGUGUGGUCAUCUGCAUAGUCUUGGUGGGUUAGCCAGGCAUAUGGAGGCCACACAUAAAACAGGGUCACUGGAGCUAGAGGUUGAAGAUUGGAAGGUAAAUAGAAUGUAUCGGAUAAUGGCAUUUGAUCAUGAUAUGCUGUCUUUUGUGGAUGUGAAGCUGAACGAGUGGCCAGCCAUUGUCAUUACCAACCCUAAGAGAGCUCGAUUCAUGGCACCAGAACAUGAACCAGUCCAUAAAAUGAUCCAUUCAACCCACAUAAGGGUGCUAGUCUUCUCACCAGACCCCAUUAAAGUAGUAACAAUCAGCAUUGAUGGCCAUGUCAUUGGAGCUGCCAAACAUGUAGAAGGCCCUCUAUAUGUAGCACCAUGGAAACCUGGAAUGUACUCAAAGGGGUUACAUGAAAUAUCAGUCAUAGCUGAGGAUUUCAGUGGGCGAUCUAACAUCAACAAAGAGCACUUCUCGCUGGAUGACAGCAAGCCAGAACAGUGGUUCAUAGCAACAGUUGUUCUUCUUAUAGAUAUCACAAAAGCAUUUAUGCUGUGGAAUUUCCUUAUGUUGUGCCCAAUUAUACUUCUUCUCGUUAUGCUUCGUACACAAGUCAGAAAAACAGCAGCAGGAUUUUACCGCAGUGUUGUAGUAAGGGGCUUAAUACGUCUCUCACAUGUGGAUCUGUUCUUCUACUCAAUAAUAGGACUGUUAGUCUAUCCUUAUAUAGGUCCAUGGUGUAUAGGUCACUUUUUGACUGGACACAUAGGAGUGUCCACUGCCUAUGGUAUUUAUACAAUAGGGUCCUGGGUUCCAGAGACAUUUGGCAUGGUUGUUACAGUAAUUGAUACAUUAUUAAUAUAUAUCCCGCUCAUACUCUUCUGUGCUAUUCACCUGUCACCACCACCCCCUCAUGUGUCCAACGGGACGGUCUCCAGCUCGAAUCGGAACGCCAAGAGGCAAAACAACGCCCUCAAUCUUGUAUGGACACUGGUCAGUAUACCGGGCAUGAUCCUGGGUGCUUUAUUUCAGGCCUACAACCUCUACAAUCUCUACAGCGCGUAUGGUUGGUUAACGCUCUUCAUAUCCCCCAAGUUCUUGUGGUCCUAUCUCUGGUCGUACUAUCUUGCCUAUCGUGCAGUGACAGCGGGACCUGUAUGGGUUCGUCACCGGUCCUGUUAACGUGAUGUAAAUGCGGUGUUUUCAGUCGUCUGGUGCAUUCCGUCGAAUUAUGAAAUAAACCAAAUGAAAUGAGUGAUCAAGAGAGGUCUAUAUAACUAUGUUUGUUGACCAAAUAAUGGUGUAUGAACAAUGGUGGGGACUCUUCAUGAAGUAUGAAUCAUUUGAAAAUAUAUAUAUAUUGGAUAUUUGAAGCAUUUGUUGAGAUUUUCUGUCCGCUGUGUAUCCAAGUAAUUUAUUACUAUUUUAAAGUAAUAUAUAUAUACCAGUGUUGUUUUCCAACACGGCAUUAUGCACAUGAUUAUUCUGUACCAUUUGAUACUUACAGUAUAUAACGAGGUGAAUUAUUUUAUAGUGCACUAUUAUGAGCUAUGUUUUGAAUGAGAGUUAACCAAAUUUUUUUUAUUGAUGUGCUUGAGUAAUGAAAAAAUUGUGGAAUAUUAGAUGUGAGUCAAUCUCCAGAUAUUCUGGACUAUUUUACCAUAGUUCUAAUAUUGCACUGUGAUGAAAUGUUGUAAUAUUUCAUGUACUUAGUGUACUAAAAGCUCUGUAAAUUUCUUGUUUUUUUUUUUACAUUGAUGUAAGAUAUUAGAGAUCAAUUAAUGUAAACCGAAUAAGUGACUUAAUGCUGAUCUUGCAGUGUCCGUGUGUGUUUGGGUGUGUAAUUGACCUUUGACCUAAUUGUAUGUUCACUUUUUAAUACAUCGUUCUGUCGCACAUUGCACAAUCGCUAUCAUUCAUACUUUGAAAAGCAGCAGAGGCUCUUAAAUUGAGAUAUCAAAAUGGCAAAAUUUGCCUAUUCAAUUUUGAUCAGCCAUAAAGCAAUCACAAACACAAAGAAGACAACUUCUGAAGAAAUGAACGUAUAGCUUUGAAUGGGCUUAUAAUUAAACCAGCCCUGUUCCUGUCUGUAUUCUGUUGAUGAAAUUGCUUAUAAUCAGCUUGGAAAACCUUUAGAAAGAAACUGAUUUUUAUUUUGUCACAACACCAAUACCAUCAUUCCUGAAAUUACCCAAUAUCGGUUAUUGAAAGCACAAUACCAAGUGAUGUAAAUCCUAACACCAGCCUUGUUUCAAGUUUGGUGUUAUAGCAGAUGCUUAUUUUGCCUUGGCACCAACACCAGCAUUCAACACCACUCAAAGAUUUUCAGUUACAAUUCACAGUCCGGUAAAACAAAGAAAUUUCAAUUUAGAUUCUUAUCCAUCUCACUGAGUACAGUGUAGGCUUACCGUAUAUCAUUAUUCAUAGCCACUUGGGUUGAAUAACAGUAGGUCUAAUUUACAUUAUCAGUAGACAUUACAGUAACCCCCCCCCCCCUGAGAUGACUAUUAAAGUAUAGUGUGUACACUAUCAAUUUUGUUUACUCAUUUGUCCCUAUUUUUUUUUCAUAAAACCAAUUUGGGCCGCUUUUUUGUGAAAUGAUCAAAUGGUUUCUGUUUGAUUUAGUUUUAGUCAAUCGGACCUUUGUUGUAAGUACAGGAAAUUUGGAAUUUUGUAUAAUUGAAAAGAUUAAUGCUGAAUUACAAUUUAAGACCCUCCAUGUUGGAUAGAAAUGUACAUCAUGUUAUUUCCAGUUUCUGUAUUGGACAAAGGGGUGUUUCAAGAAACUAUUUGGAAACCAUUGCAGAUAUCAAAUUGCAUAUACUCACAACCGAAAGAUCAAUUUUGACUGUCAAAUUGAAUCUAUGCUGUAAUCAUGCAAACCAAUACACAGUUUUGUGAUUGAGUUUAGGAUCUAAAAUUGACUUUUAAUCAAUUCCAAGUUUACUUUAAACCCCGAUAAGUGGUGUUAGAGUGAUUACAGGUAUUAAACAAAAUUGACCAUCUGUUUAACGGGAAAUAAGACAAAUGAUAAUACAUUAAAUUUUAAAUGACAUACUGGUUUUGAUAAAAUGGGGAUGGUGUAGUAUAUGUGAUAUGAGACUAAAUGUGCAUUAUACAAAAUGAGAUUGAACCAAAUUACAUUCCUCCCAUAUUACCUAUACAUAUAAACAUAUUUUCCAUGAAUCAUAUCUGCAAUAUAUGAGUAUAAAAGAUGGAUGAUUCAUUACAGUAGCCUAUAGAAUCAUGACUUCUGACCUUGCCAAUUGUUUGCCCAUUGUUGAUCUGUAUUUGUGAUAAUUUCACAGAUCUGUUACCAGUAUUUUGUCAUGAUUUUCUUGAAAAAGAGAAUCAGUUCCAAUAUACAGGGUGCUUUUAAGCUCUUAAAUCUGUUAAACAUCUUCCUUUUAUUUUUAUUUUGCAGUGUCUGCCAAGUUUUGCUGAAUUUCAUUUAAUGGGAACAAUGAUUUAUACAUGUAGCAUUUUCAUUGUGUGUCAUAUAUAUAUAUUUUUGUUGUUAAUUGUGUGUUGUUUCCAUUUGAAUGAUUUGAAUGUAGCAAGAAACAAAUGAAUUUCCUGAAUUGCUGAUCAUUACCACCACCACAAUCACCAUCAACAUCAUCAUCAACAUUAUCUUAAUCACCCCAUCCACCACCACCACCAUCGUCAUCAUCAUCAUCAGACUUUGCUAGCAUCCCCAUUAUAGGGAGAAAAAAUUAAUCAAGUUCAUUUAAUCUAUUGAUCCCGUUAUCAAACCUUUGUAAUAUGAUGAUAAAAAGUGCCUCAAUUAUUACAGUAUGUAUGCUUUAAAUUAUUAUUCAAAGUCUUGCUGCAGAAGUCAUUGUCUCGCUAGAUCAAGAAAAAUCAAAGCAUUUAAAAAAAAUGAAUUCAUUGUUUUAAUCAAUAGAUGAAAUGCUUCAGUUUCAUUGCAUUUGAUGGGUGAUUCUUUACAUGUUAUUUUUUUUUAUUGUGUUUUAGUGCAGAGUGAUCAGCGUUUCUUUCUAUCAUGUAGGUGUACUGUUUUACAUCUACAUUGUAUUUGUAUUUUAAGCAUUGAAAUCCAAUUUCUCAGAAUUACUAUCGCAUUUUGGCUUGGAUGUGAUUGAAGCAGACCAUUAAUACUGAAAAGUAAAUGUCAUGUCCAUGUUUCUGUUCAGUGUGUGUGGCUGGAUGGGUGUGGGGGUAUGAUGGUGAUAAAAUUCUGCUGUUUCAUCCGUAUCUUCUAUUGAAUUAGAUCAAUGUAGAUAUUCACUAUUUCUACAAAUACACUGUUUUACUAUUCAUGUAGACAUACAACUCAAACCAAUCUUGAUUGAAUUUCUACUGCUAUGUGAAUAGAAGGGUUUCUACUGUUUGUUCCUAAAUUAGAAUUAUGCAAAAUAGUGGACACUACGUUAUUUUGUCUUUUUAUGCAAACUAUUUACAUGUAUGCUAUUUAAAUAUCUUAUUCAGAAAAGAAUCAGAAUACAUUUGAUGAUAUUUAUAUAUGAAUAUAAGUGGCAUUUUUGCCUUUGAUUGCGAAUGAAAAUAUAUCAUAUUGAUUGACUGAACAUAUGGUUGUGGCACACUAAGUUGAGAGGAAUGUGUAAAUUAAAGUUAAUAAAAUAUUGUAAUGUAUACCAAAUUGGAAUUAAAAUAUCAUAUAAAUAUACCAGGUUUUGAGUAAGUAUAGUAGGUCCAAGGUUGGACUGGCAUUACAAUUAAUAGUAAUAUUAUAGUAUAGUAAUUUUGCCAGUACAAAUGAGGAUGAAUAUUUCCCUCUAUAAAUUUUGCUUUUGUUUUUUAAUCUAAAAUAAUUAUCAUACCUACCAUUUCUGCCAAAUUUAUGCUUACAAUUCAAUUUGAAUAUGACAUCCUAGGACUUUCAUUAAUUAAAUUUAUCAGUGUAAGGCUAUUUAAAAUAAAUAGAGGCUCGAAAUUCUUUUUUUUUUUAUAGACAAAGUAUAUGAAUCAGUUUACCAUUAAAUUUAAUCAGAAUUCUCAUAUGUGAUUGAAUUUGUAAAAGCAGUGGCAUUUAUUGAAGAGUUUUAUGAAAAGACAAUGGCUGUAUGUGCAUGUGUACCUGGUCAGAUGAAUGUUGUGUGCCUCUUUCAUCAGUUUGUGUUAAUAGUAAAAGUUUGCAAUAUUUUCAAGUGAAAAGAACUUCACAGUAUUAUUAGCGUAUUUUCAUUUUUAGUGGGAUUUGAAUUUGCUGACAUAUAUUCCAUCAAAAUGUUUGUUGAUAUUAUAAUCAUUAAUAUAGUGUUUACUAGGCAGACCAAAAAAUACUGAAUAAUAUUGUUCAGUGAAGAGACAUGCAGGGUUCAAAACAUUAAGAAUUGAGAGACAGGUUCUAUACAGGAAAACUUGGAGAGGAGUUCAUUUCACAAAUGCUGUAUGAAAAUAAGGAAAAUAGCAAUGUUUCUGUUCCAGCAAAACAGAUUGCACACUUAGAAUUGGGGGAAAUAUAUUUAACUCUCUUUGCACAUGUAUAAGCUUUAUCUAUACUUAAUACUGAUAUGCUGAUAUUUGUUGAAUUCUUUUUGGAAUAUUGGAAAGUGUUCAAGUUCUGCCAUGUUAUAGAUAUUAUGUAGCAAAGACAGGUGAUAAAAUAUUAUAUUCAAUAAAGAUUGUUUCUCUGGGCUCGCCCGACCUUGAAGUGUUGUUGACUUCAUUCAACACUCAUCAUGCUGGAGUGCAUUUUGUGGUAGGGUUCACCAGCUUUCUAGCACCACUGUACAUGCAGUGCAUGUAGAUAUCUAACUAUAGGCAUUUUGCAAUUAAUUGGGAAUAUCAUAGAAAAAAACAAAUAAAUUGAAAAAUAAGUUGAAAAAUAGGGUUCACGACUUCAUAAAUAUAUGUUUCGAGUAAAGUUGCUGCUGGCAGGGACUGGAAUUAUAUAGGAUUUCCAAGUAUUCCAGCGCAAUCAUGUUCUAUUGGUUCUUGAGUAAACGCUGCUACAGACUGCUUGUAUGAUUACCUGACAUAGCAGCAAGUAAUGCAUGCAGGCUGUGUACGAUCUAUUAUUCAUAAUUGAAGUGUUAGUCUCAAGAAAAGUCAUCCAAUGAUUCGUUUAUUUGACCUAAUGGUAUUGAUAUUUUAUGUAUUGUUUUAUUUCCAAAGGGUUGGAAUGUUUCUUACAAGUUUACUAAGAAGCAACAUUCCAUCUUUGAAAAUGGAAGAAGAGUGAACAACCAAGAUAUAUUAUGUGAUCACUUAAUAAUAGUGCAAUUUCACUUGAGUCAUGGAAAUUCCAUGUACUAUCAUGUAAAGUGGAUUUAAAAUAAAGCAUCCCUUUAUAUCACAAA